AUGCCUUUGAACGGUGUCACUGUUGCCGCAGCUGUCGCACCCACUGUUAUAGAGACGUACAUUUCACAUUACCUCUAUCGUAAGCCACUUCAUCAGAAGCCAACCGCCCAUAUAUCCUACCACGAAGGCUUGCGCCUCAUCCGCGCGUUUCUAGAGUUUGCGUCUCAUCAUACUGUUGAAGACGUUCAAGCAUUUACAUCGCAAUGGGUUCCCAAUCCUCGAUGGGUCAAGGUCGACCAGGUGGUCAUUCCUACAGAAACCAUCACAAAGGCUGCAGACACUCUGAUAAGCCAAUUGGGCGCAAACGGCGUCGCAAAAGUAGGUGGAUGCAAAUGGUGGCAAUGGCGCCGUAACGACGCCGAAUUGAGAGCUGAAUGGAUCGAGAUGCGUGGUGACUAUGCACAAAGGCAGCGCAGGGGAGGGAAGGGCAGGAGGGUCAUGCUCUACAUCCAUGGCGGCGCAUACUUCUUUGGGAGCGUGGACGAACACCGUUAUCAGAUGCAGAGACAUGCGCGGAAACUGAGAGCUCGAGUCUUUGCUCCGCGAUAUCGUCUCGCGCCACAAUACCCGUUUCCAUGCGGGCUGCAUGAUUGUCUUGCAGCAUAUCUCUACCUGCUGACUGUGCAGGAGCCUGAAGAGAUCAUACUUGCCGGCGAUUCAGCUGGAGGUGGUAUGAUCGUGUCAAUGCUUGUUACACUUCGUGAUCAGGGACUACCGCUCCCAGCUGGCGCUGUACUGAUAUCUCCCUGGGCCGACCUGACCCACUCCUUCCCCAGCGUUACAGGCGAAAGUGGGUUAGAUUAUAUACCAGCCCGAGGCUUCAUGCAGAAGCCCUCUGCAUCGUGGCCUCCACCAAACGACGACGAGAUAGAAAAAGUUGGACGAGGACAAUCUGCUGCGGAAGACCUUCACAAUCCUGAAGCUGAAGCGGUGAAGAGAUUUGCCGUCCGACACCACAUUGCGGUGGAGACGAAUACCACGGCAGGGCUGCCAAUGGCCCCUGUGUCUGAUAGAGAUGGCCAUCUGGCCGACACCGCUCCAGGUCGUGGAGACCACCUCUCUAUCGAACUAGACGGGAAACUAGUCAUCUUGAAAGAUCAAAUUCAAUUGUACACCACAAACCAACUCUUAUCACAUCCACUUGUUUCUCCUGUCCUCCAACCGUCGCUGGGUGGUCUUCCACCCCUUCUGAUCCUGACUGGUGGUGGUGAAAUCCUCCGCGACGAACAAAUAUACCUUGCCCACAAGGCCGCAAAUCCAGGAAAAUACCCCCUAAGCUCCAUCCAUCAACCCGAACAUGAUCCCAAUAAUGCAAUUCUUGGCAGAUACCCAUCGACAGACGUCCAACUACAAGUCUGGGACGAUCUCUGCCACGUCGCCCCCACUCUUUCCUUCACCCGGCCCGCCAAAUUCAUGUACCGUAGCAUUGCUCAAUUCAGUGCUUGGGCACUUGCACGUGCUCAAAGUCGCUCCAUUGAGAUCACGGACGAUGAUGAUGUCUCUGUUAUUUCCUCUGGGUCAGAAAGUGACUCUAGCACAGUCCCUGAUCUAGAUCACACCCAUGCCCAGAAUGAUGUAGAGGUAGCCCAUGUCGGACGAGCGGGCGAUCCGCUUCCCGCUUUCAAGAACCACAUGAUCCGACAACGAGUUGAUAGGCAUGGUGUCAUCUACAAUAUGGCCCCUGAAUCUGAUAUACCCGCACUUCAGAUACCGGCUUCAGAGGUAGGGGUCAUCAAGCCCGGUCCUGUCCGGAAAUGGCUUGCAGCGAAGAAGGAAUGGGACACACGGUAUGCUUCUGAGAAGCGGAAGGUGCAAAAGACAAGGAUUCAAGAGAUGAAGGAGGGUGGGUUUGAGUUGUUUGGAGAUGCGGAGCGUCCGCCGCCCAGUGCUCUAGCCGGGAGGAGGAAAAAAGGGGGGAGAGAAGGCAAGAAAGAGAGGAGGAAGAAGAGUUGGGGCAUGAUGCUCUGGAGUUUGUGGGGGAGCAAGCAUGAUGAGAGUACGAUUAAGAGGGAAGAAGAGAUGAUUGGUGCUGAAGAGGACCAUGAUGCUAUCGCGAUGGUGACAACGAAUGGUGCUCUAUUGAGUGAAGACGGGAUGUCAGAAAACCCACAGCACAAGGCGGAAAGACCGAGAGCGACAAGCACCGGCUCACGGCCCAGAGCAAGAAGAAAGUCAACCAUGAAAAGUGGCAGAAGUGAUACGGGACAUGACCCAUCGAAACCGAGAACGCGAAGAAGAACCGUCAGCGUGUCGGAUCAAGGCCAAACAGAAGGAAGUGUUCAUGAGUUUCGGCGAAACUGCGAACUGGAAAAGAACGACAGAACUGAUAUCGCUGGGGAUGGGGCAUCUAGCGACGGAUUCCUGUUAUCACCAACCUGCUCCCCUAGGCAGAAAAGCCCUGGCCCUGGCCCCAUGACACCGGACCCCUGA